UAUUUCAACUUUUUCUUCUUAAGUCCCUCUGUUUUUUUUUCUUCAAAAUUUGAUUAACCAAACUGAACCUAUAUGGCUACCAUUUGUUCUCCGAUGGCGAGUCAGCUGAGGAGCAGCUUUACGUCAUCUGUUACGAGAGCACUUGCAGUCCCCAAGGUUAUUUCCGGAGCUCCAUUCAGAGCCUCACCCGCCAAGACCCGCUUCACUGUCAAAGCUAUUCAAUCUGAUAAACCAACGUAUCAAGUGAUUCAACCCAUCAACGGUGACCCUUUCAUCGGAAGUCUUGAAACUCCGAUCACAUCAAGCCCUUUGAUCGCUUGGUACCUCUCAAACCUUCCGGCAUACAGGACGGCAGUGAACCCACUUCUGAGAGGCGUGGAGGUGGGUCUAGCCCACGGCUUCCUCCUAGUGGGUCCGUUUGUUAAAGCGGGUCCUCUAAGGAACACAGCUGUUGCAGGUCAAGCCGGGUCAUUGGCAGCUGCCGGCCUGGUCGUAAUCCUCAGCAUUUGCUUGACGAUGUAUGGCGUUGCAUCGUUCAACGAAGGAGAUCCUUCGACAGCCCCGAGCCUAACCCUGACUGGGAGGAAGAAGGAGCCGGACCAGUUGCAAACGGCGGAGGGAUGGGCUAAGUUCACCGGAGGAUUCUUCUUUGGAGGAAUAUCGGGUGUCAUUUGGGCUUACUUCCUUCUCUAUGUCCUCGACCUUCCGUACUUCGUUAAGUAGAUCGUAUCUAUGCGUUUAACUUCGAGU